GGGCGCUGGGGCACCGUGUGUGAUGACGGAUGGGACCUUCGGGAUGCUGCAGUGGCCUGCCGGGUGUUGGGCUGCGGAGGGGCGCUGGCCGCCCCCGGGGGUGCCUUCUUCGGGGAGGGCACCGGGCCGGUGUGGCUCAGUGAGCUGGCCUGCCGGGGCAGCGAGGGACAGCUGGGUAUCUGUCCCCACCGGGGCUGGAAGGCCCAUAUCUGCUCUCAUGAGGAGGACGCAGGCGUGGUCUGUGUAGGUCAGCGUGCAGCUAACUCUAGAGAAGAUUCAACGUCCCUGUUGGAUGGAGACCUGUGGCCGCCGCUGUCUGGGGAGCUGAGCCCCAGCUCAGAGGAGCCCCCCGUGACUCACACUCCCCAGCCAGCAGCGAGCUCCCAGAAUGGCUCCCGCAAGAAGAACCCCCGUCCACCCAAGCAGGCCAAGUCUACCCGGGCCCCUGUACUGACAAAUGGAGCUCCCCGCCAAGCCCUGCAGCCGGCCGCUUCGGCUGGGGCGCUGGCCCCAUCUGGCUGGAUGAUGUAGGUUGUGUGGGGACGGAGGCUUCGCUCUCAGAAUGCCCUGCUGCUCCGUGGGGGAAACACAAUUGUGCCCACAAUGAGGAUGUCGGGGUCACCUGCACUGGGACCCCUGGCCUGGAUACCAUCUCAGACCCCUUCAGUUGGACCUGGCUCCCUGGGCUGGGUAGAGAUCAGGAUGCCUGGCUUCCAGGAGAGCUGGCCACCAAGCCCUCCCCCAGCCUCCCCUCCCGUGGGCUAGACAAAACCACAAAGUCUCCAGGGAAGACACCCAAGAGUACUAAGAAGUGGGUGACUAAAAACGCAAAAAGACCAACCACUCAACCUCCUGGGAUACCAACCACUAAACGCUCCAAGGUCCCAGGCACCCCAAGCACCCUAAAUCUAACCCCACAUACAUGGCCCUGGGACCGGGCCCAUCUGGUUGGAUGACAUGGGCUGUAAGGGGAGUGAGACCUCACUGAGUGACUGCCCCUCGGGGACAUGGGGGAAGCACAAUUGUGACCAUGAGGAAGACGUGGUGCUCUCCUGCACUGGCUACACGGAUGACGACGAUUAUCCCUCCUGGACUUGGGACCCCACUUCAGGAGAGGACCUGACCAAAGGGGCCACUGUGGCAG